CAGAUUCGAGCCAACCGCAUCAGGUCCGACCCGAGCCCGGACCGCGUCGUUGUGGACGCAGGGCCCACGGCCAGCUAGCGAUACUUGCCGGGCCCCACGCGUUCUCUCCACUUCCUCCUGACCUUUUUGAGUCUCUUCUUCCACCCGGCGGCAGCGGGCAGCGCAGGCGAGCAGACCAAGUCGCCUGCAGAGUGCAGACUGCAGAUACAGUCCGUGCUCUGACGGAGCAACAGGAGAAGCAGAGCGAGCCGAGGCGGAGUCGACAGGCGAGUGGUUCCACCGACCGUCUCCCCUGCCGCAAGCGAACGGGUGAGCGGGGCGCCGUGGAUCUGAUGUCCCUUUGAGAUUCUACUCUGCUUCUGUUCUCCCUACAGCUUGGUGCCUUAUCAUGGAGGAAGCGGGGAGGGGCUGCGGCUUGCUCAAGGUGGUUGUGACGCACGGCCGGAACCUAGCCGUCCGGGAUUUCACGUCCAGCGACCCCUACGUCAUCGUCCACGUUGCCGACAAGACCACAAAAACAAAAGUUAUCAACAGUUGCCUCAAUCCAGUUUGGAAUGAAGAGAUGACAUUCUCCAUGAAAGAACCAGUAGGAAUAAUCAAAUUUGAGGUGUUCGACUGGGACCGGUUCAAGUACGACGACAAGAUGGGCCAGGCUUUCCUGGACCUGCAGCCUGUGGCGGCGGCAACCAAGCUGCGGAGGGCGCUGCGGCUCACAGCUGGCGAGACCAACCUGCGGAAAGUGAACCCGGACGCCGACAACUGUCUGCUCUCAGAUAGCUUCGUGACGUACGCCAACGGGGAGGUCGCGAUAGAUGCUAGGCUGCGGCUGCGUGAGGUCGAGUCCGGCGAGCUGUUCGUCACUAUAAAGUGGAUUGAACCUGACAGCGCCAACACUGGAAAGCAAGCGGAUCACUAGCUAGCGAUGCAUUUUGCUUGCAGCACUGCAAAUAUGUAAUAUGACCUGAUGUGGGCUGAUUUAUGAGGAUUUUUUUUAAAUCGUAUAUUUUUAUUAUCAAUUACAAUGUAGAAGGUGUUGUAUGAGAAUUUGAGAUGCAUCAUGUCGGUCAUCCAGUGCCCGACGUGUCACCUAUUAGCAGCGGCUAUCCUAUAACAACGCAUGUUUUAGACAUUA